AUGGGCAAUAAUAAAGAUGUCGAAGCCACGCUUCAUGACCAGACGGACCUUUUGCCACGCAAGCAAUUGCUUAUCGUCUUCUCGGUGCUUGCCGUCUCUCUGUUGAUAUGUUUUAUUGACCAGAACGGCAUUGGUGUCAUUCUGCCUACCAUUGCACGAGAUCUCAAUGCCGAGAACACCAUUUCUUGGGCUGGCACAUCCGCCUUGAUUGCCAACACGGUCUUCCAGGUCCUAUAUGGGCGCUUCUCUGAUCUGUUUGGGAGACGUAUAGUUUUCGUAAGCGCACUGGUCCUCCUUGCAAUCAGCGACCUGCUUUGUGGCCUCAGUCAAAGUGCAACGAUGCUAUAUAUCUUCAGAGGUCUUGCUGGAGUUGCGAACGGAGGCAUCACAAGCCUGGCGAUGAUGAUUGUCAGCGAUAUCGUCACCCUAGAAGAGCGCGGAAAGUACCAGGGAAUUCUUGGUUCGAUGGUUGGACUGGGCAAUGUUCUUGGCCCAGUACUAGGCGCUGCUUUUGCAGAGCGGUCGACCUGGAGAGGCCUGUUCUAUCUCCUCUGCCCGACGUCCAUCAUCUGUGCCGGACUAUCCUGGUUGUUAUUACCGCAUAACAUGCCAACGGUUAACUACAAAGAGACAAUCCAGAAGAUCGACUUUGCAGGACUAUUAUCUGGAUCAAUCGCGGUGAUCUUCUUGCUGAUACCGAUAUCCGGUGGUGGCUCAUACUUUGCAUGGGACAGUCCUAUGGUGAUAUCGAUGUUGACAAUUGGAGGCCUAUCUCUGAUCGCUUUUGUGCUGAUCGAGUGGAAAUUUGCCAAACUACCGAUGAUGCCCCUGAGUUUGUGGACAAAUCCAGCCGUGGCAGCACUGCUUAUCCAGAAUUUCUUCUUUGGGGCAGUAUACUAUGCUUAUUUAUACUUUCUGCCCUUGUUUUACCAGAAUGCUCUGGGUUAUAGCCCAAUGCGAUCAGCUGUAAUGACAUUCCCUAUCGUUCUUACGCAGACAUUCUUCUCGAUCGCGUCCGGCAGAUACAUCUCGCAUUUCAAACGAUACGGCGAAGUACUAUGGUCUGGCUUCUUUAUAUGGACCCUCGGCUCAGGACUCACCAUCUUGUUCGACACAAACUUUCCUGUCGUAGCCAUGGUCUUCAUCCUUAUGGCAAUCGGUCUAGGCUCAGGUAACACUUUCCAGCCCACCAUCGUUGCACUACAAGCACACUGCUCCAAACCACAGCGCGCCGUCGUCAUCUCAAACAGGAACUUCUUGCGGAGCUCCGGCGGCGCCAUAGCAUUAGCCAGCGGAGCAGCUGUCUUGCAGAACGUCUUGAAGUCCCAUCUCCCUACCGAUCUCAAGUAUCUGGCAGCGUCAACGUACUCGACCCCAGACUACAGUAAAUUCAGCGAAUCACAAAAGCAGCAAAUCAUUGCGUCGUACGUGGCUGCUAGCCGCGCUGUGUUCAUCAUGCUCGCCCCGUUCAUGGGCGUCUGCCUGUUUGCAUGCUUCCUAGUCAAGGACAAGGGUCUUACACGGCCAGACGAAGUAGCCGUUGCGCAACGCGAGCCAGCUGAUGCUGAAUCAGGCAGCAUUUCAAACGCCGGACGAGAAAAGGUGGACCUGGUGACAGACACGGCCAACGAGGGAGGCGACCAGAUAAGCAGAAAGUCCAGUGACUCGAAGCAUUCCAUCGAUGGGGUUGGGAUCAGAUCUCACUCGGAAUAA